AUGGACACUGCGGAGAAUACGCAGCACCACUUCCGAUCCUCCGUCAUGCGCCCUCACAGCAACCUCCCACGACCAGGCGCCUUCACCUCUGGCCUCUCCGAAAUGAACGAAGCGCAAAGCAACGCGCGCGCGCACCCGUCCAUGAUACCGCCGCCGGGCGCAUCCAAGAUUGGCUCCCUCAAUAGCGCCAUGAACCUGAAGAGGGAGGUCCCCAAGCCAGGUUGGUCCUACUACCCUCCCGGCUUGCGCUGGGAUGACUGGUUGCGGCUGCUGACUGUGCCUUCUACAGCUGAGCAUUCGGCUCCCAAGCACCACAAGACCCUCGCCGAGAGGGCAGGCGAAUACCCGACCAAGCCAUCCUCGGCGGCGGCAGGCGCGGGUGCUUCUGGCAUCGCCAGGGCCCCUUCUGUCAGGCGGGUGCCCGGGUCGACAUUGGCAGAGCGGUGCACCUGUACCGCUCUAUACGGCAUAUCUGGCGGGCUGUCAUCCAGUCUGUUCCUCGGCCAUUCCUCUGGCAAAGAUUGCUUGCGUCCUUCCCGCUUCCCCGGGACCAGAAUACCCUCAGUCGACCACGCUCUCGUCCUCGAAACGGUUCCUCAGUACCUCCACCAACGUAUUUGCGCAGCGUCUCCGGUAGACUACAACUGUGGCUGGGAUUACAAAGCGACGGCGACAACAGACGUAGCGGCAUUCGACUCCUUCUAG